UCUUACAUACAUAUUGCUAGAAAUCUUUUGUUUGUUUAAUUAUUACUUGAAUUGGAGAAGAAAUGGAUGAGUUGCCUAAGGAGAAGACGUUGGAGGCGACGCCAACGUGGGCGGUCGCCGUCGUUUGCUUCGUGUUGGUUGCUAUCUCCAUUCUCAUUGAACAGAUCAUUCAUCAUACUGAGUCGUGGUUAAAGAAAAGAAAAAAGGAACCUCUACGUGAAUCACUUGAAAAAGUUAAAGCAGAGCUUAUGUUGCUAGGGUUCAUAUCAUUGCUGCUGACAGUAUUGCAAGAACAUCUUUCUAAUAUUUGUGUUCCAAGAAAAGUUGGACAUUCUUGGCAUCCUUGCAAGUACACAGAUAGUGGCAAAUAUUAUGAUCCAUGUAUAAAAAAGGGAAAAAUUCAGCUGGUUUCAGCAUAUGGCAUACACCAACUCCACAUCUUCAUCUUUAUCUUGGCAAUUUGUCACAUAAUUUAUUGCAUUCUCACUUAUGGCCUCGGAAAACUUAAGAUGAGGAAAUGGAAAUCAUGGGAGGAUGAGACCAAGACAGAUGAGUACCAAUACUACAAUGAUCCAGAAAGAUUCAGAUUUGCGAGGGAGACAUCGUUUGGGCGCAGACAUUUGAAUUUCUGGAGCCGUUGGCCUCUUCUUCUCUGGAUUGUAUGUUUCUUCAGGCAAUUCAUCAGAUCCGUUGCCAAAGUUGAUUACUUCACACUUAGACAUGGUUUUAUAACAGAACAUCUAACACCUCAAAGCCAAGCAUCAUUCAAUUUCCAGAAAUAUAUAAACAGAUCAUUAGAAGAAGAUUUCAAAGUGAUUGUGGGAAUAAGCCCAGUAAUAUGGUUCUGUGCCGUUGUGUUCCUGCUCACCAACACCAAUGGGUGGUACUCCUACUUCUGGCUACCGUUUAUUCCUUUAAUCAUAAUACUAUUGGUGGGAGCAAAAUUGCAAGUGAUCAUAACAAAAAUGGGAAUCAGAGUUCUAGAUAGAGGAGGUGUGAUCAAAGGCAGCCCCGUUGUUCAGCCCAGCGACGACCUUUUCUGGUUUGGUCGCCCCCGUUUCCUGCUUUUCCUCAUCCAUUUUGUUCUAUUUUUGAAUGCAUUUCAAAUAGCCUUCUUAGCAUGGAGUUAUUACGAAUUCGGGUAUCCGUCGUGCUACCACGAAAAUAUUGAAGACAUGAUCAUCCGACUCUCAAUGGGUGCCUUAAUUCAGUUCCUAUGUAGCUACGUCACCCUCCCUCUCUACGCCUUGGUGAAUCAGAUGGGGUCGAAAAUGAGGCCGGUGAUAUUCAGCAACAACGUAGCCACAGCGCUGCGCGGAUGGCAUCAGACGGCCAAGAAGCACGUGAAGCAGGGGCGGGCGUCGGGCAGCAGCACGCCCUUCUCCAGCCGGCCAGCCUCACCGUUGCAUGGGAGCACGUCGCCUCUGUAUCUGCUGCAGGGAUACAACAAGUCUAAUUAUGACGAGGGACAUGACGAUGAUGGCCAUGAGUUUAAGUAUGGAGAAGAUCCAUUGUCACAAAAUUCAAUUGUUGAGAUAGAGAGGGAUGUUGAAAAUCCCCCUUCUCCUAGUGUAGGUAGCAGAGCUACAUACCACAAUGAUUUCUCCUUUCGAAACAAGGACACUGAAACUUGAUUUUGCAUUAUUGUUUUUUUUUGUACUAGUAAAUAAGUGAUCAUUUUUUUCA